AUGAGACAGAAGAGGGCUAAAGCUUAUAAAAAGCAAAUGAAUGUAUAUCUUUAUACGUUCAAAUUUAGAGAACCAUUUCAAACUAUAAUAGAUGAUGAAAUAAUUUUAACUUGUGAAUCUGCAAGUUAUGAUAUUUUAAAAGGUUUACAAAGAACAAUUCAAUCACAAGAAAUGAAACCAAUGAUUACUCAAUGUUGUAUUGAAUCAUUAUAUAAAACUAAAAAUCAAAAAGCUAUAGAUAUAGCUAAAACUUUUGAACGUAGGAAAUGUAAUCAUAGAGAACCAGUACCUCCUAUUGAAUGUUUAAAAAGUAUAAUUGAUAUAAAUGGUGAAAAUAAACAUAGAUAUAUAGUUGCAUCACAAGAUUUAAAAUUACGACAAAUGAUGAGGAAAAUACCUGGUGUUCCUUUAAUAUAUAUGAAUAGAUCAGUUAUGGUAAUGGAACCAUUAAGUGAUGCAUCAAGUGAAUUUACUGAAAAAGUUGAAAAGGAUAAAUUAAUUGCAGGGUUAAAUGAUACUGGGAAGGAAAUAGAAGAACAAUCACAAGUUAAAAAAAGAAAAGGUCCAAAAGAACCAAAUCCAUUAAGUGUGAAGAAGAAGAAAAUAGAGAAACCAAAAGAAGAACCAAAGAAGAAAAAUAG